AUGGUCUAUUUCGCCUCUCUUGCAACGGUCUUACUCGCGGCCACUACUGUCAUAGCCCAGCUUCCUGCACCAGGCGAGUCGGUAGACUGCGACUGCACAACCCUCCGAAAUGGAGGAGUCGUACCUGACGAUGACGGUGUAAGGAAGGGCUGUGCUGGACGCGGAUCUCUCGUCACUCGAAAUGGUGAUCUUAAGUGCGUUAUCGUUGAGGAUGGUACCCCGGACCACAACCGAGCUAGAGAUUUUGUCAGAAAUUGCUCCCUGCACGGGUCGUGCGGCUGGGUUGGACAAUAA